CCUGUUUCAUCCUAUCACUCGGAGCGUCGUAACAACGACGAUUGUUUCCUAUUCAGAAGGGAGUAUAUGGGCUGAAUAUGAUGAGCAUUUAAACGCAUCUUCAAACGCAUCCAGUCUGGAGAACAUGCUGAUAUCAGAGAUAAAAAAUAAUACCUACUUCCUCUUUGCGGACAACAACGCAAAUCUGAAACUUAGCCCAAGAGUCGAGGAUGUUAGUGUGAAUGCAAUCGACGAAUGCUUGCUCGGGGAGAAUGAUUGUUCUGAGAAUGCAGACUGUAUUGAUCUGGACGAUGCCGGUGGUUUUAACUGUACAUGUAAUGAUGGAUAUGAUGACCUCAUGCCUCAGCUACCGGGCAGAUUAUGCUCUUUAAUUGUUACAAACGAUACCGUGAAUACGACAGAACUUAUCACUACACCAUACAGCACCACCGUCUUGGACCCAGGUUCCAGCGCACUCGAAACUUGGCAGAUAAUAUUAAUAACUGUUGGUAGUAUCUCGGCUGGUCUCCUCGUCGCACUAUGCUGCUGCUGGUUGUUGUUGAUUCCUCUACGAAGGCGCCGUUACAGAGAGAAAGCAGACGAAUCUGUAAUCUACAACCAUUGGCAUCAUGCGACGGACGAGCCGGCUGCUUUCUUUGCUCGGGUUUAUGAUGGCUCUUCUAAUGACAGCACAGACACUCCGAGCAUGCGAACCAGAAGCAGUAGACCAUUCUCACCAUCUGUGGUUUCUAAUCCAUUAGCAAGGGACUAUUCUUUACCACACCUGGAUCCCCUCGGUGAUGACGUUUCAGAGAGUAUACGUCACUACGCGGUCGAUCCAAUGGAAACAUCCAUAAGACAGAGCUUUAAACGAGUCCUGAAUGACGUCAUAGCAAGAGGACCACCGGGUCAGAAUAGAUUACGAGCAAGGGUUCCUGAUCAUUUAGCUGCAUUCUUGGAAGAAGGUAGAUCAUCAGAGAUAAACAGUGGCGUCAUCAAUGAGAUGGUGCAUGAUGACCCCUAUAAUGAUGUCGACUCGCCAUCAUCGUCUUCGCUGGCUCGACGUCCGAUCACGCCUAACGUGUUCUUCGCUCGAGUUAUUGACGGCUCUGAAUAGCAACGUUAUAUUAGUAAAGAGAGGUUAUCACUAAAUCGGCUUAUCCAUGCGCAAACUGUGCUGUGCAAGGCAUUUUUUUCUCAACCCUCAGCAUUACGGGAAAAUCUGCUGAUUGGAAAGCGCUGGUUUUAAUUUGCCACACGAAAUCGCACGUUUUCUCAUAAACGCUUUUACCCACACGCUAUAAAAUAAAAAUGCAAACUUAGUCAAAUGGGGGAAAUUUACGUCAGUCAAAAAAUGUAACAACAUAUACCACUCCUGAUCAUGUUCUCAAUUGAUGCCCUAAUGUACUUGACGAAUGUGGGUAUACGUGGCGUUACAAUAAUAUUAUAUGGUACCUGUUUAAUAGUGAGCAUCUAGAAGGGAAUUGAUACAUUAAAUCAAGCUGUGUAGAUAACAUCUGACCUGAGUUUAGAACCAUGAAGAGAGCUAGGUAUAUCGACAGUCUCAGUUGAACAUACUCAGACGAAUCUGAAUCCUGAUAUAGGCAUAUGUGUGUUUUGGCAAAAUCUUAAGAAACAACUGAUUCUUGAAUUAUCGGCCCCCUUCAAAACAAAUAUACAGAGGAUUCACGAAUAUAAAGAGAGAACGUACGCUCCUCUGGUUUCUGAUAUUGAAUAACAAGGAUGGUAUGUACAACACUUUGCUAUUGAGGUUGGCUCCCGGGGUUUUAUCUGUUUGGAAAAUACGUAACGACUGAAAAACAUUCCAAAUGAGUUUGUUUAAACAACAAAGUUAAAUCAGCAGUGACUUCUUCACUUUUUAUUUAUUAUGCAAACAACACCUCUUAUGGAAACCCGAACCGCUCUCUGUGUACCACGUUGCUAAUAUGAUUGUAGUAGAACAGGAGCCAGUAUAUCAGACUAAUGCUCAUUAUUCAUACUACAAAUGUAUGUCCCUUUAUGUUAUAUGGUUGGUUUCGGGGAGGGGGUCUAAAUACUUUGGUGACAGUGUCAGGAUAUGAAUUACGAAUUGUCUGGAUUAUUCCUGAUUGUAUGAAGAACUCAAUUAAAAAAAAAACUAUAUUUCAAUAUUUGUUAAUACUCUAUAACAACUAUCACAUGACGUUGCUACCUAAUUUACAUGACUACCAUGUUAAUUUUGUUAAACUAUUUGUUAAAUGAUAUAUGUAUCCUUACGCUUCCUGUCUUCAAAUGACCAUUAGUCAGAUCAAUCAUUGGGCCUUUCUUAUUAUGCUGUUGUCAUAUCACUGUUCCUUUAUUGCUGAAGUACCAAUAGAGUGAUGUACCCCCAAAACUACUUAUACUACUACUACUACUAACACUACUACU